GCCCAGCAGCACGCACCCGUGGCUCCUGUCGACCGCGGUCCAGCCCUCGCUCCCACACUGACACCGCCGCGCCGCGGGGCGAGAAAACCUGAGGCUGGGAUCGCGCGAGGCGAGGCCAGCCCACACCCCCGCACCGCAUCGGCAUCUCUCCUCGUCACCACUCGCAACCCAAUCCACCCGCUCCUCGGCGCCGGCGGCGUACCACGGCCACGGCGGCGCUCGGCUCCCCCCCGGCCAUGGCCUCCAGGAUGGCGCUCCGCCCCCACGGCGUCACGCCCCCCCUCGCCGGCCGCGGCGCCCGCAGGAGCGCCAGCGUCAGGGUCCUCGCCGUCGCCUCCUCCGCCUCCGCUAAGAUUGAGAGCAAGAAGACGUUUGCUCCUCCAAAGGAGGUUCAUGUCCAGGUUACACAUUCGAUGCCACCUCAGAAGAUGGAAAUAUUUCAGUCUCUUGAUGGUUGGGCUAGAGAUAAUCUGUUGCUGCAUCUUAAGCCAGUUGAGAAGUGUUGGCAGCCACAGGAUUUCCUCCCUGAUCCAGCAUCUGAUGGAUUUCACGAUGAAGUUAAGGAACUCAGAGAACGUGCCAAGGAAAUUCCUGAUGAUUAUCUUGUUUGUUUGGUUGGAGACAUGAUUACAGAGGAAGCCCUUCCUACAUACCAGACUAUGCUUAACACCCUCGAUGGUGUCCGAGAUGAAACAGGUGCAAGCCCCACUGCUUGGGCCGUUUGGACGAGGGCAUGGACUGCUGAGGAGAAUAGGCAUGGUGACCUCCUAAACAAGUAUCUGUACCUCACUGGGAGAGUGGACAUGAGGCAAAUUGAGAAGACAAUUCAGUAUCUUAUUGGCUCUGGAAUGGACCCUAGGACAGAGAACAACCCAUAUCUUGGCUUCAUCUACACCUCCUUCCAAGAGCGCGCGACCUUCAUCUCACAUGGAAACACCGCUCGCCAUGCCAAGGACUUCGGUGACCUGAAGCUCGCGCAGAUCUGCGGCAUCAUCGCCUCAGAUGAGAAGCGGCAUGAGACUGCAUACACCAAGAUCGUCGAGAAGCUGUUUGAGAUUGAUCCCGAUGGCACCGUGCUUGCUCUGGCCGACAUGAUGAGGAAGAAGAUCGCGAUGCCUGCCCACCUGAUGUUCGAUGGGCAGGACGAGAAGCUGUUCGACCAUUUCUCCAUGGUGGCGCAGAGGCUCGGCGUGUACACCGCCAGGGACUACGCCGACAUCCUCGAGUUCCUCGUUGGCAGGUGGAAGGUCCCCGAACUGACCGGCCUCUCUGGUGAGGGACACAAGGCCCAGGACUACCUCUGCACCCUCGCUGGCAGGAUCCGGAAGCUGGACGAGAGGGCCCAGUCGAGGGCCAAGCAAGCCGGUAAGAUGCCCUUCAGCUGGGUGUAUGGCAGGGAGGUGCAGAUGUGAGCACGAAGCGCCUCCAUCACGGCGUUCCAAGCUUCCCGCGUACCUACCUGUCGUUCAUGCAUGUGGAGAGUCUGUCUUUGAUAUAACGAGGUUCGGACUCGCCUCGUUACAUAGUUCUUCAGUUCAGGUUCGUCGUUGCCGUUCCUUAUAGCGAUAGGGAGAUGUCGUCUGUCCGCGUGUGUGUUGUUAGUUUUGUGUACAACUUAUGCUGGCUGUGUGGAGUGUGGACUGAACAUGAACUGAAGCAUGCAGCGUGCUGUUUGUGUUGUUCA